GAAGCAGGACACGAGAAAACAUCAGAACAAAUCUAACAUGAGCCGCUUUUUUAUUUUUAAUCUCUUCAUUUCCAGUGUUGCCAGUCAGGCAUGGAGGCAGUUUAGUUUUAAAACUGGAGCAUCUGUCACCAUCCCGUGUCAUUAUGAUAGGACAUAUAUACAACAUAAGAAAUACUGGUGCUAUGGUACAACAUUCAGUUCCUGCAAAAUUCAGGCGUAUGCCAAUGAGACACAGGGGAAAGUGACAGUGACUGAUAACCCAGCGGAGAGUCUCUUUACUGUGACUAUGAAUAAUCUCCAGACAGAAAACACUGGAAUGUACUGGUGUGCUGUAAAGAUAGGUGGAAUAUUUGAUCCAGAUGUAAAAGAAGACUUUUAUAUCACAGUGAAUUCAGAUCCUGAUCUGUCUGUGUUGGAGAGCAGAGUGAGUGGUGAGGAAGGAGGCAGCGUCACAGUCCAGUGUCUCUACAGCGCUGCGUAUCAGAAUACACAGAAGAAGUGGUGCAGAUUCAAUGAUAGGUUGUGCACAUUUAGGAGUACUGAUACAUCCCAGAAUUCAGCAGUGCAGGUCAGUGAUGAUGGGAGAAGAUCCUUCAGUGUGCAGAUGAGUAGACUGAAGAAGAGUGAUGCUGGCUGGUACUGGUGCAGUGCAGGAGAUCUGCAGGUUCCUGUUCACAUCAGUGUCUGUGCCGAAGCUCCAGUGACAGAUUCUUCAGAUUCCAGCAGUAAAGAACCCACAAAGCCAGUGCAGUUCUGUAUUGCACACAACUGAAGGACGUGAUGUUGGUGGCACUGCAGCAUUAAGAAGCUGGCACAUUCAAUAUAUUCAAUUAUUUUUUGUAAAAAAACAGCACAGUCAGUCAUGCGUUAAUCCUUACAUAUCAGUUAGAACACAUUGUCAUACAUUUCCCAUAAAGAUCAAUAAAAUACAUCUAUCUAUAAUGCCCUCUA